AGCAGUUUUGAAUAUUUAAUGUGGAGUUUUGGGCACAGCCCGCCCUCUAGUGGUUAUAUCUGGGGCAGCAGGACUGAGAUUGUUAAAACUCACAUCACCAGCCAAACUCUCAAAGCUUAUUUAUCAUUUUAAAACAUGACUACAUCCGAUUGUAUUAAGGACAUGCUUUUUAAAAACGCAAAUAUGAUAUUGUACAUUCAAAUUGUGCACAUCAGCAGUGAGUUAUAAAAGACAAACGAAUACUAAAACCUGCCACCUCCCCAUAACACCAUUAUUGUUUAAAUAAACCGCAGUUUGAAGGCUUUGCACGUUUGUUCAUACGCUUCUUUCUGGUUCCAACAUGCUGAUGCAUUCACUAAAACCAAAUAUGUAUCUCGUGGAGCUGAUUUGUAUUCGAAUCCGACAAGUCCCUAUUCAGUUUGAUUUCAGGUUUGUAGCGUUGAUCGCGACGCAGAAGAAAGUCUGAACCUGUCAGCUGGUUUGAUUAGUCAGGAAGCGAGUAAGGCACUGCGGAAGAUAAUGCGCUUGCACAUUAGUGUGGGCGCGCCGUGGAGAGGGGUUCCCCUUUCGAGCUAACAAAGCUUUCUGUUGCGUCAGAAGUCAAACAACACGACGACGCAGUCCACGGAGGAUCACUCGAGCACGCAAACCUUCGGACAGGGGAAAUGACCAUGGCUUAAAGUGAAUCCUUUUUGCAGAUUUAAGUUUCCAAUGCGCAACGGGCGCAAGAGAACGCGCUCCAUGGACCUAGUCUCUCCCGGGGACUGAACCCGAUGCUCGCACACCGGCGAUGAGCUCGUUCACAAAGCCGCUCAAAUCGUCCCGUCGUCCGCAACCGGAGCGCCGACUGUGAUGGAUGCGCCCCAGGUACCGCACGUCACCAUCACCCCGGAGGGUGGCGGAUCCCCGCGGGAGAUGCGGCAAGAGGACUGGGAUGACGCGGCGGAGGGAAACCUGCGCAGGAAACUGUCCAAUUCCUCCAUGUCCUCCACGGGGUCCUCCGCCGUGGAGUCCGAGGACGACUUACUCAGCGACAACGAGAGCAAGAGCGAAGGCAUCAUCACCCUGGAGCACCUGGUGGACAGCGGAGAGAGCAAGCCGUGGUGGAAGCUGAAGGCGAUCGUCCACUGGCCCUUCAGCGUCACGCAGAGGAGAAAACUGAGCUGGGUUCAGCUGGCCGGGCAUAAAGGUAACUUCAAGGCGGCGGACGAGGGCAACAUCCUGAAGAGGUUUUCGGAAAACGAAAUGCAGUGUUUUGAGAAGCUGAGGGACGAUGCGCUGCUCCCAUUUGUGCCUGGUUACCAUGGCACUGUGGAAAAAGAUGGAGAGUCUUUCCUUCACAUGACCGACCUGCUUGUGAACUUUGACCUUCCCAAUGUCAUGGACUGCAAGAUGGGAGUGAGAACGUACUUGGAGGAGGAGCUUGUCCGGGCGAGGGAGCGACCCAAGCCGAGGGAGGACCUGUACAAGAAGAUGGUGGAGGUGGACAGCGACGGCCCGACGGCCCAGGAGCAUUCCCAACGGGGGGUCACCAAGCCCCGCUACAUGCAGUGGAGGGAGAGCAUGAGCUCCACCAACACCCUGGGCUUCAGGAUAGAAGGAAUCAAGAAAUGUGACGGCACGUGUCGGACUGACUUCAAAAGAACCAGGUCGAGGCAAGAUGUCAUCCAGGUGUUCAAGGACUUUGUCGGAGGGAACGUCAACAUAAUAAAGUCGUACGUGAGCAGACUGACGGAGAUCAAACAGGCCAUGAAGACAUCGCAGUUCUUCCGGCAACACGAAAUCAUUGGCAGCUCCCUCCUCUUCAUCCACGACCACACGGGCAAUGCUCAGGUCUGGAUCAUUGACUUUGGGAAAACAACGGCGUUACCGCCGGGCCACACGUUAAAACAUGACAUUCCCUGGAAGGAAGGCAACCGGGAGGAUGGCUACCUGUGGGGGCUGGAAAACCUCAUCCGCACUCUGGAGUCCGUAGGCGAUCAAGGGACAGGCGGAGAGACCUUUUGCUCGGUCACUAGAGCAAAUAGUUAAACUACAGAAAACAGAAGGUCAGCGACCUUUCUUCUGUAGAUGGGUGAGUCAAACUAUAUUUCAAUGGACAACACAGAAAGACCUUUGGGGAGUUUUAAUAAAUGGAGAUGGGCUCUGGGUGCUCGAUGAUGAAUGUUGAACACAUGCAGAAAUGCUGCAAAAAGCAGCUUUAACGAAGCCACUGACAGAAAAGCCACUGAACACUGAAGGGUUUUUUCAGCGAUUGAGCAAAUGAACUGACACUAAUUCAACUUCCUAUUAAAUGAACAGAAGUGAAAGUGUUUUCAGGGACGCACUGUUACAUGUGAGAAAUGUUCACAUGCAACAGCUCAAAGGAGAGAGUACUCCGUCCUCUUUAUUACAAUCUCUGAGCUCUGACAAUACAUCUGUAGGUGUAAUAAAACGGGAGUAAUUCAGUGCAACUUGAUGCUGAAAGACCUCAGUCAUAUAACUACGACACAUAACAUAUUGUGAAUAUAGCACUGGAUACUGUAUAAUUAUUAGAGUGUCUUAUCUUUGUCCCUGUUCUGACAAUCUCUCUUGUAUAUCAAUUUAUAUUUCUUUUCAGUGAUUUUAUCGAUGUAAUCAAACUUGUUAUAUAGCACUAUUUUGGGUCUUUUCGAGAGAAAUAAAACCUAUGGAAAUGCCCUUGGAUUUAAAAUGGGAAAGCUUUGUUAUUUUUAUUUUCUAUAG